AGGAGCGGCGCGGCAGCAAGGGAAGGAGCGGCGCGGCAGCAAGGGAAGGAGCGGCGCGGCGCGGCAGCAAGGGAAGGAGCGGCGCGGCGGCGGCAGCACGGGAAGGGGCGGCGGCGGCAACACGGGUAGGAGCGGCGGCAGCACGGGAAGGAGCCGCGACCUGUGAAGCAGUACCAGCAGCGGCAAGGGACACCGGCGGCCUCCUCCUGCAUUCAACUGGUUUUGUUCUUCAUCCAGGUACACACAUCAUUCUCCAAACGUUGCUUUGUUUUUGAAAUCCGUAGAAAUUGCUUGCUGAAAUUAAAUUUUGGAUCUGCCUUUAGAUGGGAAAUCAAACAAAUUUGGUAAUUUGGGCUGCUGCUGCAUAUGUUUGGAUGGUCAUGGCUGUGGUUCUGGUUGAGUCUAAAAAAAAAAGAAGAAGAGCACGACCACCCAUUUGCUAUGCACCAAUUGCUGAAAGAGAUAGGAUGCGUAUGGAGUAUUUGAAUAACAAAAUCUGGAGGGAUGAGACUACUUGCACAAACAUGCUUAGGCUUGGUAAAGGAGCAUUUUUUCGGUUCUGUAAUAUGUUCAGGGAACGCCAUUUGCUUGAAGAUACUAUACACUUGUCUGUUGAGGAGCAAGUUGCAAUGUUCCUCAACACAAUUGGCCACAAUCUGAGAACUAGGUUAGUUGCGACAAAUUUUGAUAGGUCAACUGAAACUACAAGCAGAUAUUUCAACUUAGUAUUGCAUGCUAUUGGUGAGUUGCGAGAUGAAUACAUCAAGCCACCUUCCCUGGAUAUUGCACCUCAAAUUGCAGGCAACCAUCGAUGGGAUCCAUAUUUUAAGGAUUGCAUUGGAGCAAUUGAUGGUACCCACGUGAGAUGUUCCGUGCCUAAGGCCAUGGAGCCAGCUUUUCGUGGUAGAAAGUCUUUCACUUCACAAAAUGUUUUGGCUGCGGUAGAUUUUGGUGGGAGGUUCACAUAUGUGCUAGCUGGUUGGGAGGGCACAGCUCAUGAUGCAACAGUGUUAAAAGAUGCAUUAGAAAGACCUAAUGGCCUACGUGUACCCACAGGUAAAUAUUACUUAGUUGACGCUGGAUAUGGGGCUAAGCCUGGAUUCCUGCCUCCCUUUCGCAAUACAAGAUACCACUUAAACGAAUGGGGACACCAUCAAGUUGAAACUGCUGAGGAAUUGUAUAACCUUAGGCACUCUUCACUUCGCAUAAGGGUUGAGUGUGCAUUUGGUUCGCUGAAGAGGAGAUUCAAAGUCCUUGAUGAGGCCAAGCCCUUUCACCCAUACCCUACGCAAGUUGACAUUGUUCAAGCAUGCUGCAUUAUACAUAAUUGGAUGUUGUCUGAUGGGGCUGAUGAUAUCUUCUUGGAAGCACAAAAUGAUCCACCUGAAGCCCCAACGUAUGUUGUACAUGCUACAACUACACGAGCCCAAGCUAGAGAACAUCAAGCUACCGUCAAUCUUAUGAAUAAUAUAGCCAAUGAAAUGUGGGCAGGGCGUGCGCAAUACCUUGCCAAUCAAGAUGCUUAGUCCAUUUUUAUUGUAACAUUUAGAAUAUUUCUGUAAUGUUUGGACUAUUUAUGUAAUGAACAAUAUUUGUAAUAUUUUGAACAAUCUAUGUAAAGUGUUUAGGGAAUGGCUACGGAUGCAACGGAUGAGUCGGCAGUAGGUUCAGAGGGUCGUUCAGUGGUGUGUUGGACUACUUCCAUGUCAACUUUCAUGUUGAAGCACCUAUGUGCAAUUGUGGAAGGUGGUGCAAGGACAUCUACAGGAUUUAAGAUGAUGCACUACAAUGGCUGUGCAAGGGCAUUGAAUGAACACUUUCGCCAAUCCUUGACUGGAGCACAGAUAAGCAACCAUCAUAGAACUAUUAAGAAGAAGUUUGCAAUGAUCCAAAAAAUCAAAGACACAGUCAGUGGUGCACAGUGGGAUGAUGAAACAUCCACCAUAAGGCUAGAGCAUGAAAUGGCUAUAAACUAUAUUGCGAAGCACAAAGCUGCAGCUGAGUUUAUCAACAGACCAAUAGAGAACUAUCGAGAGAUGCAGAUCAUAUAUGGUGACCGUUUGGCAACUGGGAAGUAUGCUAAAGGGUCAAGCGAACCUAUUGGGACUGCUGCAACAGCAAUGGACUGUGAUGAUGAUGAUGAAGCUGUACUUGCACAAUCGAACAAUGAAGGGACCUCUGCCACAAGGCCUGUGAAGAAGCACAAGAAGGAUCCUACUGAAGAAGAAGGCCUCGUUUCCAUUCUUGGUCGUGUAGGAUCUGAGCUUGCGGCUGCCAUCAUCACAGCCGGUGAGAAAUCUGCCCCUCAGCCACCUCUUGAUGAAAUCCCUGAUGCACUAUAUGAAACUUUGUUGGGUAUGGAAGGCUUUAGCGAGGCGCAAAUUGCUCACUAUUUUGCUUUUCUGGUUGAGAAUCCUAAAAGUGCCAAAGCUUUCAUGAAGAUGGGACACACAGGUCAGAAGACUUGGAUGGCUAGGUACAUCAACAAAGAGUGGAAAGAUUAGAUAAGGUCGAGUGAUCUUAUGUGCGUCGAACCUUAUUUGUGUCGAACCUUAUGUGUGUCGAACCUUAUGUGUGUCGAACCUUAUGUGUGUCCGAACCUUCUAUGUAUGUGACCUUAUGUGUGGCCGAACCUUAUAUUUGUCGAACGACUAUGUGUGUCGAACCCUUCUAUGUAUGUGAUCUUAUGUGUGUCAAAAAUUUCGUAUUUGUGAGUCUUUA